GCAGAAGUGACACCUUAACUGAAGUCCCACUGCAGAGAAAGUAAAAUGGCUUUGUGCAGCAUUUGUCGUCCUUUACGCCAGAACACGCAUUGUGCUUUGGGAUGGUUUUUUAUGCAGAAGCAGACAUUUUGCUGUAAAGCCAAUGAUUUCCAGGAGGAUGAGAUUAGGAAAAAGCUUUCAGUGUUUUCGGGAGGAUCCAUAGAUCUUCAGAAACAAGAGUCAGGCAUGGCAGUGAUGACGAUCAAUAACCCGGCUCGAAUGAACGCCUUCUCAGGUAGCAUGAUGAUUCAACUGGAAGAACGGAUCAGUGACCUAGAGACCUGGACAGAAGGAAAAGGUCUCAUUGUACGAGGGAGUGCUGGGACAUUCUGCUCUGGAUCUGAUCUGAAUGCAGUCAGAGCGAUAUCAAACCCAGAGGAUGGCAUGAAAAUGUGUAUGUUCAUGCAGAAGACUCUUACACGACUCCUCAGGUUGCCCCUGAUCUCUGUGGCUCUGGUUGAAGGAAAAGCGCUCGGUGGUGGUGCAGAACUCACUACUGCCUGUGACUUCAGGCUGAUGACAUCCGAUGCUGUGAUCCAGUUUGUCCAUAAACACAUGGGCUUAGUGCCUGGAUGGGGUGGAGCUGCAAGGCUGGUCCGAAUCGUCGGCAGCCAGAACACCCUACAAUUGCUCGCUGGUGCGAAAAAAGUGGAUCCAGAUUUUGGAAAGCACAUUGGACUAGUCGAUGGCGUGUUGCCUACUGUUGCUGGGAACUUUCUGGUUGACACGGAGCAAUGGCUGAGCCAGUUUACAAAGGGCUCCGCUCCUGUUAUCAGAGCUAUGAAGAAGGUGGUGUUAUGUGGCAGGGAGCUCUCUCUGGACGACGCCCUUACAACUGAAAGACGUGUAUUUGGGACAGUAUGGGGAGGACCAGCCAAUCUUGAGGCUCUAGCAUUUAAAACAAAACACAAGUGAGAGAAUGUGGUUAAAAAAGCAACUUCUUACACUUAAACACUAAAGUUUGCAUUUUGGGAAAAGAAAGGAACAACUAGAAAAAAAAAAGUUUGGAACCAAAAUUAUAGAGGUAUGGAAAUGUAUCAGUACAGUAUAAAGGAUGUACAUCAGCUGGUCUGAAAUCGAUUUAGACAUGAACUAGCUGUCUGACAUGGUUUUUAAUUUUUUUUUAAUCUGAUUUCUAGUAUGGUUAUUCCUGUUAAUAGAGUUUUCCAACGGUUUUCCUGAUAUGGAAAUCUGACAUUUCCUAAAACAGCAUAUAAUUUCAUUGUUAUAAUGUCUGCAAUGGAUGCAUCAUUACAUGUCUGAAAUGCUUUUCAUGUUUUUUCAUCUCUUAUUCUUUCUAUUGCACACUUAGCAAUUGAAAUGAAUAAUGUGUUGCAACAAGGUAAAUAAACUUUAGAAGCUCUAAAAUGUCCAAUUUAACCCCACUUGACCCCAAACCCUGCAUGGAUCCCUGUUGUGAAAAUAAUGAACGAGUGCCCUCUACAGGCGAGACUGCUACUCUGCAGGAUACAUUAAGAAAACAUUUCCGUGAAUCUUGAUUUUACAAAACACAUACAUUUGAAUAGCUGUAAGAUAGCAAGGAAUCUGUGAUUAAUUAAUGUCGAAUUAUAAAUACUAAAU